GUGCUCCGUAUUUCUCCAGUUUGUCUCACAACCUGCAGCACAGAGCAACGAUUUUUUUCUGUGUGCCCUAAAUAGAGUUUAAAAUAUAUCUUUUUUAAUGGAUUUAAUCCUGCAGUUGUGCCUAAUUUAUCCCUUUUAGUGAUCAUCUUAUACUCCCCUAGAGCCCCCAAAGAACUGCGAAAAGAUUAUUUGAGAAACCAUCACCUUCAAGGUGAUUGAUUCAAUCGAGGACAGUGAAAAUGAGAUAAAGGAAAGAAAUUUUCUCAGUGAUUUUUCCAAUGUGAAAAAAUGUGCGAUUGAAGGCUUAAUUUAGAAGUUUUGCGCUACGAAGAGACUUUUCAUCGAUAAUUCCAUCCACCUUAUCAAACAAUGAAUUCGGUGGUGUGGAGCUUCAUUCUUGGCAUUACUUUCUACGUUGCAUCAGUGGGGAGUUUGAUUCUUUGUCCAGCAGAGUGCCAUUGUGCCCUCCAUGGGAUUAAUCUCAAUGUAGACUGUUCAGGGCUGGCCAUUUCGGAAUUGCCAGAUCUCUCUGAGCUUGAGGUGUCAUGGCUGGAUUUAUCGGAUAAUGAGUUCACAGAAAUUCCAGCUGAAUUGCAGAACUUCCCUCAACUGGAAGCACUCGACAUGUCGGGCAAUAAGAUAAGUCACCUUUCGGGAUCAUCCUUAAGUGGAAUGCACAAUCUCAAGACUCUCAACCUGGCACGCAAUAACAUUUCCAAUUUGAUGGACAUAAAUCCCAAUACUCUCCUUCAACCAUCACCCAUUGCUAUGCUGAAUUUAGCCAAGAAUCCCAUCACGUCAUUCUCCAGUGUUGAAGAGAAUGCCAUCUUGGUGAGUAAGACGCUGAAAACGCUCGAUUUGAGUGAGUGCAAGAUUGUUCGAAUGGCGGGAAAUCAAAUGUUGAGUGGUCUGCUGAAGAUUGAGCAUCUCAACAUGGCGGGGAAUCCCCUGAGGACGCUCUCGAGUGUUGCCUCCGACAGCUUGACGACGUUGAAUUUGGUCAAUUGUCGCUUAGGCUCCCUCCCUAUAGCUGUAUUUGCCAAUCUUCCGGCUCUUGUCCACGUGAACCUGGCAAGGAAUAAUCGUAUCUCGCUGGUAACGAAGAAUGGGGAGUACGUAGCAUCGGAAUCACUGAAGCGCAUCGAUUUAUCCUACUGCAACAUGGGAGGAGUUGAAAUAGCUGGGUUUCCGCAUUUAACAACAGCCGUCUUGCGUGGGAACAUGAUCAGACAGUUAGGUCAGGAUAUUUUCAAGAGCAACGUCUACCUGGAGAAUCUCGAUCUCUCCUUCAACGCCAUCAGCUAUGUUAAUCCUGGAACUUUUAAGGAUCUCGGGAACCUCAAGCAUCUGGAUAUUUCAUUCAAUAUGAUCCCAAGGAUAGACAGAGACACUUUCAAGCAUAACAACAUGCUAACAACGAUCAACCUAAGUCGCAACUACAUCGGGAGAUUUAACAGGAUUCAAGCCAAAGCUGUUAACAGUCUCAACAUGAGUUGGUGUGAAAUUAUUGCAAUUGACGCGGAUGCUCUUCAAGGAUGCCCCGUUUUGACGGAGCUUGAUCUCUCCAAUAAUCUAAUAACAUCCAUUCCUGAUAAUCUUAACUCACAAAGUCUCCAAACUCUUGAUCUCAGCAUGUGCAGGAUCACCUCAAUCAGGAAUUCAACAUUUUCGGAUUUUCCCGAACUGAGUAGGAUUAAUUUGUCCGGGAAUCGCUUCACAACCCCAUUCAGAGUAGACUUCUUCUCUGACCUACUUUACCUCCAAGAAAUCGGGUUAGGAGACAACCCCUGGCGCUGCGAAUGUAGAAAUACGGAAUUCUACAAAUUCUUCAGCUUCCUCGUUGAGCCACCUUCCAAGAUUUGGGAUAAGAGCCAUCUUCGCUGCAACAGUCCUGAUGAUCUCUACGGGGUUCCGUGGGAUGUAGCCUGCUUCCACAUUUGGUAUCCAAAUGGCUCCAGUUUGGGAACUGCUGAAAAGGUCUGGACAAUCAUUAUGGUCAGUAUGAUUGUCUUUGCGGGUUCAAUUUGUAUUAUAAUGAGUGUGAGGAAGUGCAUCGAUGGCAGGAAGCUAACAGCACGAGAGCGAGAAAGGGAAGAGUUUAUUGAACAUCACAGAGAUAUAAUUCGCCAGAAUAGGAUGGCUAUGGAGCAGGAAGCUCAGCUAAAUGCACCUGAUCCGAGGGAAACACGUCCACCAUGCUAUGAAGAUGCAAUCCUCAUGCCACGCCUGGAUGGCUCCUUUGCAUCCCUCAAUGAACUAAACAUGAGGCGGGAGAAGCGACGGAAACUCCUGGACAAGGAUGAGAAUGAGGAUGAGACAGAUGGCGUUAUAACGCGGAGGAAUCGCUGCCGAAGUGAGGAAGUCCUUUCAAUGCGAGAGAGUCGCACGGAAGAUGGCCAGACGCGACGUUCUCGGAGGCAGAGAAAUGCAAAUCCCCCAGAGAGCCUCGAAAUGGCCCGAAAUACCCUAAUUGAGCGUUCUUCGUUGCUUCCUCCACCCACAGAACCACCACCACCGACUCCCCCGCGAAAUUCUGCAUUCCGCGCCCAAGACAAUGAGCUGCACUAUCACUCCACGGAGGUGGUAAAUCUCCAUCUCACCACCGUGGAGAUCGUGCCACGUACCCCAGAGGAGGAAGCGAGUGCAGGAAUGGCUGAAAUUGAUCAGAUCACAAUGAGGGCGCGCAACGAUGACGACACGAGCCCGUAUGCGAAGAGGAAGCAGAAGCACAUGUCCACCUUCAAGGGUGACGAAGAAGUAAUUCUUCCCACAUCCUCCAGGUCAUCCGGAGAGCGUAUUCACGUGGUUGACGAUUACUUUGCUCCAGCUGAGAGCCCCAGGAAGAAUCGCAGCAGCGAUGAGGACUUUGAGAGUUUCUCAUCGCGAGAAAUUGAUGAGAUUCCCAGAGCAGUACAAUCCGAUGACAAGAGGGAUGUGGGCCAAAAGGUCAGGAGACCCACUGAGAGUGAUUUGUGAUUUUAGUAGAAUGGACUCUACCUUUGCAUUUUUAAUUAAUUCGUUUAUUUGUGUAACAACAUUUUGUUUAAUUUUCCAAUACAUUUCAUGAUUUCUUCAA